UAGAGAGAGAGAAACGUUCCAAAAUUAAAAAGUGCAUAUUCUUGUGGGACGGACUAAAAAGAAAAGAGUGCAUAUUCUUGUGGAACAGGGGGAGUACAAGUUUUGUGACUAUUUUGCAGAUAGUUAGAGGUUUCUAAGGGAGGAAAGAGAAGUAAGGAUUGGUCGAAAUGGUUAAAAAAGAUAAUAAAUUUAUUGACUUUGAUGCAAUAUCCUGCAAUGAAUUGCAUAAAUUGCAGCAAAAAGGCGGCAUGGACAAGACCUUCAUGGGCCUUAUGGAAUUAUAUUCCGAGCAAAGUAGAGCGAAGCCAAAUGAAGAAUUGAGAUUAAACGAUGAUGUUGAUGAGCAUAAGAAUGAUCCCGAUUAUAUGCUUAUGUUAGAUAAAAUAGAGAAGCAUGGCAACGCGUAUAGAACUGAAUACAUGAAAGAAGAUGGUUCGAGGGCUAUCAUCAAAUAUGAAGACGCUUCAAGUUCAGACACAGAGCCUGAUCAAGAACAAAUAGAUGGACCUUUGAAUCAGAUGCCUCUUGCAGAGGUUCAAGCCAUUCUUGAUUCACAUCUUCCUCCGAGUAGGGAGGAGGUUCAGAAGCUGACUUGCACGGGAACGAGGAGCAAGUCCAACAAUAAGAGGAAAGACAAUGCAAAGUUGUUGUCACACUCUACCUAUGCGCAUGCUCCUCACACUCCCAGUGUCAAAGGAGAUUCGGGUUUGGAUAAAAACUGUGGUCAACGCCAAUAUAGAAGGAAAUUGAGGAGUUAUACUACGGAACUAAUUGAUGAACAUGUCAAUAGGGCAAAGGAGAUGGAAAAUCUGACUAGGACAGAUCCGCGGGGUAAGUCCAAGAGUGGGAAGGAAGAGAAUGUAGUGGUGAUGGAGCCUGUUUCUUGUACCUACCCACGAAAACGCAAAAGGAACGAGUACAAGAUUGAGUAUGAUGAAGAGAAAAUCCAAUUCGAACCUGACUAUCAUUUAUGGUAUGAAAAACUCAAGCCUGUCAACGAUCAUCUUAUACUUACUGCCGGGGGUAUUGAAGUACUGUAUGAACAGAAGAGUGGAGAGCGUGAUCGGAUGAAAGAGGAUGAGGGUGAUGAUGACUGUGACGACAAAUCCUCUGAUGUGGAAAUCAUUGACAGCGAUACAUUCCGCAAGAUGAAUAACAGGGGCCGGUCUGCAUUUAGGGACAAGGUUAUUGCUGCUCUUAGAAAACCUUUUAAUAUCGGUGAAUAUAAGAAGCGAUUGCGAGAUAUCAAAUUCCGCCCACUGAUAGGACGCCACAUGGAUCUGCGUAAUGGGAGAGAAAGACAAAUUGGAAAGGGAGAUGGAAAGUGUUAUCUUGAUUACCAUCCAGCUCUCAGGAAAAGGCUCUCACAAGCGAAAGGCAACCGGCCAAAACGAUUAAACCUUCUACGAGGAUUCUUCUUAUGGAUUAAGCAGCCAGAGGAAUUCAGCCCGUGGCUCGACAAAGAAUGCCUCACUGUGCGCCCAGGGCCCGGCUAAGGUGAUAUGUGAAUCAAGAUUAUGUAAAGAUCUCAUCUUUUUUGGCAUGUUUUGAUCAUGUAGGCUAUACUCUUGGAGGGGUGUAUACAACUUGCCCAACCCUAAUGAGAUUGAAUUUUUUCUAUGA